GCGCCACGCCUCCUCAACCUCGGCUCCUUCCCCUCUACUCGUCGUCCGCCUCCUCGCGACGCGCGCGUCGACCUCGCCGUCGCCCGGAAAAUCCCCAAAUCGCGAGGUGCCCCGAUGGCGCCGCUCCCUCCCACCGCCCCCAAAACCAUCGCCGACUACCUCAUCCGCCCCGCCAAGCGCCUCCGCCCCACCGCUCCCGCUCCCGCCCCGGCCGCCGCGUCGGCCUCCCUCUCCUCCUCCUCCUCCGGCCUCUCGCCGGAGCAGCGCCGCCGCGCCGACACCAACCUCGCGCUCGCCCGCGCGCGUCGUAGCCUCCGCCUCGCCGAGUCCAAAGCGUCGGGCAGGGCGGCGAAGCUGGAGGAGCUGCUCGUCGAGGAGACGUGGCUGGAGGCGCUCCCCGGGGAACUGCGCAAACCAUACGCGCUCGAGCUCUGCCGCUUCGUCUCGCACGAGCGGCUAAACAGCCCGGUACCGGUUUACCCGCCGCCGCACCUGGUCUUCCACGCGCUUCACACUACCCCCUUCGACCGUGUUAAGGCCGUCAUCAUCGGGCAGGAUCCAUACCAUGGACCUGGUCAGGCGAUGGGCUUGUCUUUCUCAGUACCAGAGGGGAUCAAAAUUCCUUCUAGCUUAGCAAACAUAUUUAAAGAGCUACAAAAGGAUCUAGGUUGCACUGUGCCUUCGCAUGGAAACUUGGAAAGAUGGGCUGUGCAGGGUGUUCUCAUGCUCAAUACUGUACUAACAGUGAGAGAACAUCAAGCCAAUUCACAUGCCAAGAAAGGAUGGGAGCAAUUUACUGAUGCUGUUAUUAAGACAAUAUCACUGAAGAAAUCAGGAAUCGUGUUUCUUCUCUGGGGAAAUUCGGCUCAAGCAAAGAUAAGAUUGAUUGAUGAAACAAAACAUCACAUUUUAAAAUCCGCUCAUCCAUCGGGCCUGUCUGCAAACAGAGGUUUCUUUGGAUGCAGGCACUUUUCUAAAACAAAUCAAAUCUUGGAGAGGCUAGGACUAUCUGCCAUUGAUUGGCAACUCUAGACCAUUGGAAGACCAUUCGAAGACAUCAUGUGGUCUGUCUGCGUGACAACCACCUCUGCUUUGAAGGUAUAUCGUUGCAUGGACCAUCCAAUUUGGCCAAAAUUUUGUAGGACCUUAAAUUAUAUAUGGCCGAUCAAAAUGCUAAUAUGAUGAUUACAUAGUUCUUAGUAUAUAAUGCCGCACCGAAACUACUAAAUUAUCAGUUGUCGUAUGUGCAACUACUGUGCUUAGCACUAGGGCGCCAUUUGGGUCUGUGUUAGAUCUGAAGAAUUGCUUAACUACCAUAAAGCCAGAUCGUCCUUCCUCAUCUGUGAGAUCCCGUUGUCUAGCAGCUCCAAUCCUCAGAUUUUGCUCGUAGACUUGGCACCAACCCUUAGAUUCUAAGAAAUUCCAGUGCUAGAGACAUGUCUCUCUUUUAACUCCAAAG